GUACAAUAGAACAUAUAGCCGCAUGUGUAAGCUGUGAAUUUAAUGCGAUUGGUUGGCUUUUGUUAAAACCAACCUAUAAAUUUCUACUUUACUCACGAUCCAUAGGUGUCGAUAACAAUUCCCCUGGGAAUUAAUUAGUUCUAUCGUUGUAUCUGCGUAAUAGAGAUAAUUCUAAGAGCAAAAUGUUGGAACCGACUAAGCAAGCCUUAACAGCGGGCAGAUUAAUUUUGGCCAGUGGAUCACCAAGAAGAUAUGAAAUAAUACAAAAAUUGGGCUUAAAUUUUGAAGUAGUAAUAUCAAAUUAUGAUGAAAAUUUAGACAGAUCCAAAUAUAAAAGUCAUGGAGAAUACAUUCAAGAUUUAGCAAAAUUCAAAGUUCAUGAUGUAUAUGAACGUUUGAAAAAUGAUCCUGUUAUACCAUCUUUAAUCAUAGGUGCAGAUACUUUUGUAACACUAGAUGAUACUAUUUAUGGAAAGCCAAAAGAUGAAUCAGAUGCAUUUCGUAUGUUAUCUCACUUUGCGAAUAAAGAGCAUGUUGUUUAUACCGGAGUGUGUCUGAAAACGCCAAAGAGAGAAGUAAAAUUUUAUACAUCUACAAAGGUAAAAUUUGGUGAUUUAUCGGUUGAUCAAAUAAAAGCGUAUAUAAAAACAGGAGAAUGUCUAGAUAAAGCAGGAGGAUAUGGUGCGCAAGGUGCUGGUGGUUGUUUAAUUGAGAGCAUAAGCGGUGACUUUUAUACUAUAAUGGGAAUAUAAAUUUCAUUCUUCGAG